AUGCCACAAUCUUCUCUGACUAGUCAAGAUGAUCAAUCAUCGCUUUGCAUGGAGAAAUUUGAUAACCCACCUCGCACAUUGUACGAUGAAAUAGGUCAACAGGAGCAAGAUUUCAGUUCAGCAGCACCACCACAACAUGACGAAGAUUGGAAGAGCUUGGUAUUCAGGCUUCAAAUCGAAAAUACAAGCUUAGUUAAUUCUCUACAUGAGACCAACAGCAAUUUAAUGCAAUCGAGACGUGAGAAAGAAGAUUUGGAGGAAUUCAUACAACGACAGACGGAAACAACCGAUAAAAUUGUGUCCCGAUUGAAAGAUACAAUGACAAAUCUGAUUGAGAACCAAAAGAACAUCAAGUUGGGUGACCAUUAUGACCAGCUGAUUCAAGAGAAAGAUAAUCAGAUAUUAGAUUUGAUCUUUCAAAAGCAAUAUUUGUUGAUGGAAAAUGAGGCUCUCAAAGAAAGUCAGCAGGAGAUCAAUGAGUAUUACGGCAUCUUGCCUAGAGAGCCCACUAAUCCAUUGUUUAAAUUACGGUCUUGUGUAUAUGCCCUAAUAGCUGUACAGCGAUUUAUCAGAAAGAAUCAAGAAUAA